AUGGCCGACGAAUCACAAAAGAUCCCAGUCGCCGCCUCCGAGGCCCGCCGAUUCGUCGAGGAAAUUCUCAAGGGCAACGGCGUGCCGGCCGAAAACGCUGCAAUCGUCGCCCGCUGCCUCGUCGCCGCCGACCUCCGCGGCGUCGACACCCACGGGAUGAACCGCAUCCCCUCCUACAUGGAACGCGUCCGCCAAGGCGUUCUCGAUGCAGCCGCACAGCCCGAACUCAAGCAAGUCACCCCCGUCGUUGCGCAUGUCGACGGAAAGAACGGCUUCGGCUUUGUGGCCGCGAGAAUGGGUAUGACGGCGGCGAUCGAAUCCGCCAAAACCUUUGGCAUCGGUAUGGCCAGCGUAUCGCAUUCGAACCACUUCGGCAUGAGCGCGUGGGUCGUGCAGCAGGCCUUGGAUGCGGACAUGAUGAGCUUGGUAUUUACCAACUCAAGUCCUGCGUUGCCGGUCUGGGGCGGCAAAAGCAAGCUCCUGGGGGUUUCGCCAAUUGCGUGCGGUGCGCCUGGGAAGGAUAAGCCUUUCAUCCUCGACAUGGCGCCAUCGGUCGCAGCCAGGGGUAAAAUUUACAAGGCCAAGAGACGGGGUGAGAAGAUUCCGCUCGACUGGGCUCUCGAUGCCGAGGGCCGGCCGACGGACGACCCAACCGCAGCGUUGGGGGGUGUCAUGCUCCCCAUGGGAGGCCCCAAGGGCUCGGCACUGUCCAUUAUGAUGGACGUCUUCUCGGGGGUCUUUUCGGGGUCAGCAUUCGCUGGCCAUGUGACGGGCCCGUACGAUCCUUCAAAGCCGUCAGAUGUGGGCCAUUUUCUCGUCGCCAUCAAGCCAGACCUAUUCAUGAGCCUGGAUGACUUCAGGGAGAGAAUCGAUUAUCUGUACCAGCGUGUUGUGGGUUCAGAUAAGGCUGCGGAUGUGGAUAGAAUAUACUUUCCGGGCGAAAUUGAGCAACUAACCCAGCAGGAGAGAGAGGUGAGCGGUAUUCCUUUGGUGCAGGCAGAGAUCGACGCCCUCAAUGAAGAGGCAGAAAGAGUUGGUGCGCAGCGGCUGGCCCCUAUGACGAGUAGUUGA